CCUAGUAAUCACGACUGCCUCGCUUUCUAAUCCGUCUCUUCCUGCCCGGCCGCUCUCUUACACGUAACUAAUCAAAUCCCUCGGCGUAUCUACGUGUAUAAUCAACCGAAUAUCCGGUAUAUCCACUCCUAUACUAAACGUAUUCGUUGUAACCAAAACGCGGACCCGUCCGUCUAUAAAAUCUUCUAUAAUCCUCUUCUUUUCCGGGUCCGAAACGUCGGUAUAAAACGCCUCCCCUCCUACCUUCCUGGCUAACCGCCUUACCUUUCCAAUCGUGUUGUAAUAUACGACGACUUUCCCGCCCUGCCACCUUAUCCACCCGCGUAUUAUGGCCCGCUGGAUGGUCGUGUCCUCCUCCUCUUCUCCGUCCUCGCUCGUGAUCGCCUGCACGCGGUACCGAAUAUUCGUCCUAGUGGUCGGCGCCCUUAAAACCUAUACCUCCCCUGGCAUAAAUCCUAUCUUCUCGAUUAACCGCUGCUCUUCCGUAACGGGUACCGUUGCGCUCAACAAAACCAUGUGCGCUUCUACCCUCGUUAACUUGUGUAACUUCUAGAACGCCUUCCUGAAACCGAAAUCCUUACUUAAUACUAUGUGGUACUCGUCUACGACGAUACGGUCUAACUGCCUUGUCCACCUAACCCGGUUUAAAAACGUAGUAAACUCUUCUUUAACUGCCGACUCGGGCGUAACGA